AUGGGUACUCACGAAGAAGAGAGAUUGCUCUUGGAACAGGGAUUUGCAGAGAAUGAAAGAAACGAACUCUACACUGGAGAUGGUUCUGUUGACAUUAAGGGGAACCCUGUUCUAAAAAGAAACACUGGAAAUUGGAGAGCAUGCCCUUUUAUUCUUGGGACUGAAUGUUGUGAACGCUUGGCCUACUACGGGAUUGCUACCAAUCUUGUUAGCUAUCUUACCAAAAACUUACAUGAAGGAAAUGUUUCUGCUGCUAGAAAUGUCACCACGUGGCAAGGCACUUGCUACCUAACUCCCCUGAUUGGGGCUGUCUUGGCAGAUGCUUACUGGGGAAGAUAUUGGACAAUUGCUGUCUUCUCCACUAUAUACUUUAUUGGAAUGUGCACAUUAACUCUGUCUGCAUCUGUUCCUGCUUUUAAGCCUGCUGAAUGUCUGGAUUCCGUUUGCCCUUCAGCAACUCCAGCUCAGUAUGCAGUAUUGUUCUUUGGGCUAUAUCUAAUAGCACUUGGAACAGGAGGGAUCAAGCCUUGUGUUUCAUCUUUUGGGGCUGAUCAGUUUGAUGAUACUGAUCCUGAAGAGAGGGUUAAGAAGGGUUCUUUUUUCAAUUGGUUUUAUUUUUCCAUCAACAUUGGUGCUUUGAUAUCAAGUAGUUUAAUUGUGUGGAUUCAAGAUAAUGCAGGAUGGGGCCUUGGAUUUGGCAUUCCUGCAGUGUUUAUGGGCAUUGCCAUAGUGAGUUUCUUUUCAGGCACCUCUCUCUACAGAUAUCAGAAGCCAGGAGGAAGUCCUAUUACCAGAAUGUGCCAGGUUUUGGUUGCAUCGUGCCACAAAUGGAAUUUGACUGUCCCUACUGAGAGUAGUCUCCUGUAUGAGACGCCAGAUAAAAGCUCUGCUAUUGAAGGAAGUAGAAAACUGCUGCACACUGAUGAACUAAAGUGCCUUGAUAAAGCUGCUAUAGUCUCGGAGGCUGAAAGCAAAACUGGGGACUAUUCUAAUCCUUGGAAGCUUUGCACUGUAACACAGGUUGAAGAAUUAAAGAUUCUGAUACGCAUGUUUCCCAUUUGGGUUACAGGAAUAGUCUUCUACGCUGUUUAUGCUCAAAUGUCAACCAUGUUUGUAGAGCAAGGCAUGGUGAUGGACACUUCGAUUGGUUCCUUUACUAUUCCUGCAGCCGCUCUUUCUACUUUCGACGUCAUCAGUGUUAUUUUCUGGGUUCCAGUGUACGAUAAGGUCCUUGUACCCAUUGCUAGAAAGGUUACUGGCCAGGGAAGGGGAUUCUCAGAAUUGCAACGGAUGGGAAUAGGCCUCUUCAUUUCAGUCUUGUGCAUGGCAGCUGCUGCUGUUGUUGAAAUCAAGCGACUGCGGCUUGCAAGAGAGCUCGGUUUGGUUGAUGAAAAUGUUUCCGUACCAUUGAGUAUUUUCUGGCAAAUACCUCAAUAUUUCUUGCUGGGGGCCGCUGAAGUUUUUACUAUUAUUGGGCAACUCGAGUUCUUCUAUGACCAAUCACCAGACGCCAUGCGCAGUUUGUGUAGUGCCUUUUCAUUGCUAACAAAUUCUUUGGGAAAUUACUUGAGCUCAUUUAUUCUGACAGUAGUCACAUCUUUAACAACCCGAGGGGGAAAUCCUGGGUGGAUUCCGGAUAACUUGAACAAGGGUCAUCUUGAUUACUUCUAUUGGCUCUUGGCUGGACUCAGCUUCGUCAACAUGGUGGUCUACGUUUUCUGUGCCAAAAUAUUUAAGUCAAAGAAAGCAUCUUAA